AUAGCGAUAUCACGGAAUUGAACGUUUCGAUUAACACGAAAGUCUCGUCAGCUGUGCACACAGAAUUCAAUCCCAUCCACAGUUCUGCUCUAAUCGUCGAAGCAUUAUAAAAAAUAUUUUAUUACGAUCGUAGAAUUGAAUGACGAACGACAGGCUGUUUACCUGUCUCGAGCAAAAUUUUAUCGAUAUGAAUGAAAGGCAAAGCUCGACAAGUUGCGUUCGGUUUAAAAGAUUCCCGACGUGGCAUAGGUUGGGAAACGCUGUUCUAGUUGGCCGAUGUGGAUCACUGGAUCUCCGUUUCACUCUCGCGUUCCCAUUUUACACGAUUCCGAGCGGCCGGUUGGACUCUCGUCGCCCCGUGUCAAUGCGCUACCAGCAAACCGGCUGUCAACCUGGUCUAACAAUUCCAUAUUCCUGUUAAAACGUACUUUUACUCUUUCGAUCGUCGAACGUUCGCGUAACAUCAAAUUACUACGAACGGAUUUAAAUCUGAACGAGCUCGGAAGGGUGAAGAACCGGCGGUCUUCCGGAUAUAAUUGUAGCCACGCGCGUAUAAACGGCGUAGCUACUUAUAAUCACUCACUAUACACAAAAUGAAAGGUGAGUUUAAUUGCAAGAGAGAGGAGAUGCAGACUUCGUCUACGACCAUCGAGAUGAAUAAUCUAUCAUUUUCAAUGUAUCGAGAACAGAAAUAAAAUUCGUAUAAUCGAACGAAUCGAGGUAAUCCGACAGGAUCUAGGAAAAAUCUCUGAUGGAAUUUAUAAUACUUAGAAUCGGUUGUUUUAGCGUUGUUAUACACAAUACCGGCGGCAAGCUCCGCGGUACAGACUGUAGGAACAGACGGCAAAAUAGAGUGAGAGGCGAAGGCGGGGGAGGGAGAGGGAGAGAGAGUGACAGCGGUCUCUCGUUCACUACGGUCAGUGCUUUCUGAACUGUUGUCAGUGACAGUUGUUCGAUCAUGAGGCGGUGGAUCCUCGAUCACUGAUCGCCAAUUAUUAUAUACACCGUGUUCCAAUAUUUCUUACCUCUUUCGUUCGUACCCUUACGGUUCGCUGACAGUGAGACGGGCACGCGCUGAACUCCUGGUUACCACCUUUACAGCUCGCGUUUGUUACUCCCGUCGCCGUACCCCAUCAAUCUUGGUGCUACUUUCUACGUUACUCGAUCCGCUGGGAAAAACUGGACAACCAUGGGGUCGACUACUAGGACGGCCUGUUGGUUGCUGCUCAUAUGCCUCAUCGUGAUUCUCGGUACUGUCGACAACGCGGAAGGCACGAAAAGGAGGUUCCGCAGGCCGGCGACCACUACCCAGCCGAUCACGACCGAUCAGGAAGUCUCGGCCAGCGUGAACAGAUUCAAGGUCACGAGAAAUCGCGUUUCCAAUACGAACAAGAACAAGAAAAACGAAAUUCAGAAUGGCAAGCCGGAGGACUACAAGCUCGUAUGUUACUAUACGAAUUGGUCUCAGUACCGCACGAAAAUUGGUAAAUUCCUACCAGAGGACAUCCAACCCGACCUUUGCACGCAUAUUAUAUUCGCUUUCGGCUGGUUGAAGAAGAACAAGCUGACGAGCUUCGAAUCGAACGACGAGACCAAGGACGGAAAGAUUGGAUUAUACGAACGUAUGAUCGCCUUGAAGAAAGCAAAUCCAUCCUUGAAAGUCUUACUCGCAAUCGGUGGUUGGUCGUUCGGUACUCAGAAGUUUAAGGAUAUGGCGUCGACGAGGUACGCGAGGCAGACCUUCAUUUACAGCGCGAUAUCGUAUCUCCGGGAUCGAGAUUUCGAUGGUCUCGACAUCGACUGGGAGUACCCGAAAGGAGGAGACGAUAAGAAGAAUUACGUUCUUCUGUUGAAAGAGCUUCGAGAAGCCUUCGAAGCAGAGGCUAAAGAGAAAAAGAUGCCCAGACUACUUUUGACAGCAGCUGUACCCGUUGGUCCUGAUAACGUUAAGGGUGGAUACGACGUACCAGCAGUUGCGAGCUAUUUAGAUUUUAUCAACUUGAUGGCGUACGAUUUCCACGGUAAAUGGGAGAGAGAAACUGGGCACAACGCACCGCUGUAUGCUUCUUCGUUGGAUUCUGAAUGGCAGAAACAAUUGAGCGUGGACAACGCCGCGACGAUGUGGGUGCGUUUGGGUGCACCUAAGGAGAAGCUGAUCAUCGGAAUGCCGACGUAUGGCCGAUCGUUCACCCUUUCGAACCCCUCGAACUUCCGUGUCCACUCGGCAGCCAGUGGCGGUGGCAAAGCUGGCGAAUACACCAAGGAAUCCGGAUUUCUUGCUUAUUACGAGAUAUGCGAGAUGCUGCAAAACGGCGCGAUUUAUAUCUGGGACGACGAGAUGAAGGUGCCGUAUUUGGUGCACAACGACCAGUGGGUGGGCUUCGACGACGAGAAAUCCAUCAGGGGUAAGAUGGAUUGGCUGAAGAACAAGGGUUACGGCGGUGCCAUGGUAUGGACCGUGGACAUGGACGAUUUCAACGGGACGGUUUGCGCCGGGAACGUUAGGUACCCGUUGAUAGGAGCGAUGAGGGAAGAAUUGUUGGGUAUCUCGAGGGGACCCAAUGCCAAAGACGUCGAUUGGACCGCGGUAGCCAGUACAGUGACCGAAGCUAUGCUGAAGAAGCCGGAAGCUUACAAAGUUCCAGUUACCGAAGUCAUCGGGAAAGUGAAAAAACUCCAAAAAUCCACCACGCCCAUCAUCAAUCUUCCUACUACUGAAAGAUCAGCUCAGUCGAUGUGUUACUUGACGAACUGGUCGCACCGAAGGGCAGGUGCUGGGAAGUUCGUACCGGAGGACAUCGACCCGACUCUCUGCACCCACGUGGUCUACGCGUUCGCCACUUUGAAGAAUCACUUGCUGACGGCGGAAAACGAAAAGGAUAAGGAAAUGUACGAACGUCUGAUCGCUCUUCGCGAUAAGAAUCCAGACAUCAAGAUACUGUUGGCGAUCGGUGGUUGGGCUUUCGGAUCGACUCCGUUUAAAGAAUUGACCAGCAAUACAUUCCGCAUGAAUCAAUUCGUUUACGAGGCGAUCGAAUUCCUCAGAGAAUACAAAUUCGACGGUUUGGACGUCGACUGGGAAUAUCCAAGAGGCAGCGACGACCGAGCAGCCUAUGUUAAUCUCUUGAAAGAGCUUCGACUUGCCUUUGAAGGCGAGGCGAACACUUCCGGUCUACCGAAAUUAAUUCUGUCUGCCGCUGUACCUGCGAGCUUCGAAGCUAUCGCUGCAGGAUACGACGUUCCCGAGAUAUCCAAGUACCUCGAUUUCAUUAACAUCAUGACGUACGAUUUGCACGGCCAGUGGGAGAGACAAGUCGGCCAUAACAGUCCUCUAUUUCCUUUGGAAAGCGCUACGAGUUACCAGAAAAAAUUAACAGUGGACUACAGUGCGAGAGAGUGGGUGAAGCAAGGCGCGCCGAAGGAGAAAUUAAUGAUCGGUAUGCCGACUUAUGGCAGAUCAUUCACCUUAGUGGACAAGGAAAAGUUUGACAUCGGAGCACCGGCCUCCGGAGGCGGAACACCUGGCAACUAUACUAACGAAUCCGGGUUCCUCUCAUACUACGAGAUUUGCGGUUUCCUGAAUGAAGACAACACGACUCUAGUCUGGGACAGCGAGCAGCAAGUGCCUUUCGCUUAUAAGGAAGAUCAGUGGGUCGGUUUCGACGACGAAAGGAGCCUUAUAAAUAAGAUGCAAUGGCUGAAAGAGGAAGGAUUUGGAGGCGUGAUGAUCUGGUCGGUGGACAUGGACGAUUUCAAUGGACUCUGUGGAGCUGGUAAAUAUCCGUUGAUUAAAGCAAUGAUGAAAGAAUUGCGAGAUUACAAGGUGAAGCUGGAAUACGAUGGACCGUACGAGAAUCAUUUGAGAAACGGGAAGUACGCCACCAAAGAUCCGAACGAAGUGUCCUGCGAGGAGGAAGACAAUCACAUUUCUUACCACCCCGAUAAGAGCGAUUGUACUAUGUAUUACAUGUGCGAGGGCGAAAGGAAACACCAUAUGCCUUGUCCCGUGAAUCUGGUGUUCAACCCGAACGAAAACGUGUGCGAUUGGCCCGAGAACGUAGAGGGAUGCUUACAGCACACGCAAACGCCGCCGGUGUAAACGAGAUUUAUAAGAAGAAAGGGGCAAAACAGUUGCGUGUUUAACUCUUUGGCAGUUUAGUGAGACGCGAUUUAAUUUGACAUAUUUUCAUGGAUAAAAA